AUGGCACGACGGAAAAUAGUGAAAAUCAUAAACGUUGCUCGGGUUCGCAAGCCCAGUCUAAAGGUGGCUAUAAGACUACCGCCAACUGUUCUAUUGGAUCUUCAACUAAUAGAAUCCUCACAAGAUGAACCACAUGAUAAUACUCCGAAUGACAAUACUAUUUUGAAGCAAGAACAACGACCGCAAGCCGAUCGCACUGCUAACGAUAAUGAUAAUAACAACGAGAAGGUUUAUGUGCCUGCUUUUCCAAACCAUGACAACUAUAAACCUUUGGCAAUGCCACAACAUCAAUCGCAAGGUCAAAUAAUCCGACCGGGAUAUCGAAAAGUGCCUCCGAAUAUCUAUCCCAUCUUAGAGAACGAAUUAAAGGUCUUGAAUCCAGACAUGGAAGAAUUGGGGAUUGACAAAAUCAUCUUUUCAUUGCUUGAUCCACUCAGUAAAGCACGAAUAGAUUUACCCGUGAAAUCCAAUAACUGUGUACACUUUGAAUGUUUUGAUUAUGGCUCGUUCUGUAUGUUUAACAAGAUCCCUCAAGGUGUUCAGUUUCUGCUUCGAAGAGCCAUGACCAAACUGGCAUUAGAAUUACUACGGUUUCAAAAGGCAGCUGGCUAUUUAUACUCACCGGUUAAAAUUAUUGAUAUCACUAAACAAAAAUCUUCCUCUGGUAAGGAAUAUAAAUGUCCAAUCUGUGAUGCCAAGUUCCCGUUACUGGAGCUUACGGUGUCUAUUUCCUUCAAUUAUUUUGUCAAGGGUACCCCUAAAGAUGUGGAAAAGAUAGAAUUGUUGGAGAUGUUUCAGUAUAGACCCAUUAGUGAACGGGAAUCUAUUGAGAAGCGAAGUCAAAGUGAAGAGGUUAUAUUGCUUUCUGAUGAAGAUGAAGAUGAAGAUGAACAUACGCAGAGACUAGAGGGAAAGCUACCAGUACAGAGACAAGUUCCCGAACAGAGACAAGUUCCCGAGCAGAGACAGGUUCCCGAACAGAGACAAGUUCCCGAACAGAGACAGGUUCCCGAACAGAGACAGGUUCCCGAACAGAGACAGGUUCCCGAACAGAGACAGGUUCCCGAACAGAGACAAUUUCCCGAACAGAAUCAUGAUCCUGAUUCAUUUGACGAUGAUGGUAUGAUUGAAGAAAUAGAAGCUGUUAUACAAGGAGCAUACGACGAAGACGAUGAUAUAAUACAUCAACAUGCAAUACCCAUCAUAGAUUCUGGCUCUGGUUCUGAUGUUGAACUACCAGAAAGUGCACCAGUACCCUUUGAUAUUGCACUUCAAGUACUUAGUCCUUAUUUGGCUAGAUAUAGAGGUGAGUACGCACAUAGGUAUGGUCAAGAUCAGUACCAGGGCUCAGGGAGCCAUGAUGAUCCUGUGACAAUAGACUAA